CUAUAUAUGUGUGCUGGGUGACUGACGGUGAGGAAAGGUGUGUUUCGCGUUGAUGGCAUUCAGGAUCUUCUGCGGGGGCUGAGGUGAGACAAUCCGAUGAUACCAAAGCAGAACAACAAGAGCAGGGUGCCCGUAAUUACGCUCUGAAGUAAUAGCACGCACGACGGAACAUGCGGUAUUCAUAUGAAGAUGUCGACGAACGAGAGUUCCGUUCCGAUCAACAGAUCCAAGCGCUCUCCCACGGGCAGCGGUAGGUUACUAUGCGUAGCGGUGUCGUUGGCAUCUUUCUGUAUAGCCAUCUUGUUGGGAAGCAUCCACACUUCUUUAGCUUCUGGCGGUUCGUCGCUCAUGCGCAUUGAGAAUGCCCUCCGAGGCAUCCCACGCGUACUCAACAUUCUCACCUGUACUAGCCAUUCAACUCCAGGCGCGAAAAGCUCACAAUUGGAGCAUUUCCUUGUUUCUGGGACUGGGCAGAUCCCACACGCCGCAUUCUGAUUGGAGGCGGGUGUGCUGGGAAGACGUGAGGUUUAUGAGCAGACUCGAGCGCAUUGCAAUGCGCACUUGA